GAAUUGUGUGUACAGUGACAUUUGUAUGUGUCCCUAGGUCUUGCAUGGCUUCACUUACUGGGAUAUAUGGUCAUGGUGUGUCCUGUGUUCACUCUGGAACAAUUAGUUCACCUGUAGGUUUUAAGAGUACAUGUUGUUCCAUUAAUGCUGGCAUUCUAAUUUCCCAUUACGAUCGGAGGAGUUCAAUGUUAGUAGUGUCUGAUCAAAGCUUAAGCAAGAAAGUUUAUCGGAACAAAGAAACUUCGCCUGAGCCUGAAAUAAGAGAUAAAAGAAGAAUGUACAAAAGACUCAAUGUAUGUGUUGACCAGUUACAGGACGACGUUAUAAAGAUCUUGGUGAUUGGAGAUGCAGGUGUGGGAAAAACAUCAUUCGUUCAAAAGUAUGUUUACGAUGUAUUCUCUGACAAAUAUAAAUGUACUAUUGGUUUUGACUCUGUGACCAAGAAAGUGACUGAACUCAAUCAGAAACCAGUGAACCUUCAGUUACAGUUUUGGGAUAUUGCAGGUCAAGACAGGUUCCCACUGCUGACCAGGGCUUAUUACAAAUACACCAGAGGAUGCCUGAUUAUAUUUGACCUUACAAACCCAGAGUCUUUCAAUGAUGUUAGGAAAUGGAAGGCCAGCUUGGACAAUAACCUCUCUGUGCCAUGUUUACUGGUUGCUAAUAAGGUUGACCUGGAGUCAGAAAGAAAAGUUUCACCGUCAGAUAUUGAACGUCUAGUCACAGAACUGAACUUCUUUCAGUUCACAGAGACCUCGGUCAAGACAGGGCUGAUGGUCGAGGAAUCUGUCAUGUAUUUGGUUGAUGUAGUCCUGGGCAACUCACCAAGUACCUACACACCAAGUGAUUUUGAACACGUCGACCUGCGGGAAAUUAGGGAUCUUGAUACCAGUCAAACUAGAAAUGGUAAAAAAAAGUGUGCAAUAUGUUCGUGACACAGCCACAACUUUGGCACAAUUUCGUUUUCGUUGAAGUGACGGCUUGAGAAUCAUUGUUGAAAAAACACUUCAGCACUUCAGUCUGAACUGGUAUAUCAGUUUGUGUACAAACUGUGUUGCAUUACCAGAAUUUUUCUUGGAGUAAUUUCUAAGUGAAUUUUUAUCAAGCCCAACAGACUUGUGAAACUUGUAAGGGUAGUUUACCCUGUUAUAUUAAAACUGAGCGGAAUAUACUGGCAAGUAGAGACAUCCCUUUGUGUCUUUGACAAUGAUACUUGGAGGAUCGGGCAUGUUUGAUCACUCUAUAAUUGAAUUAGGCAAGUACUCUGGCCAUUGUGAAGUAAAGCAAUGUUCAUUGACUUUGAAGAGAUAAUUUCACAAGAACUAAUGAUCCUUUUAAAGCACUGAUCAUUUGAUUCUUCAAGUGCAGUCUGUCAUUGCAAAUAAACUGCAAGAGUUUGAAGGUGUGUGUUACUAGCCAGAUAGCAGAAAGUUUGAAGACUUCAGUUUAGUCAUUAUUAACAAAUGAACUGGCAUCUGUCUUGAAUGUCAUGUGACCAUGUCCAGCAAGUCAUUGGUUGUUAUUGCGACUCCAUUGGGUCAGCCUAAUGCUGUGUAAUGUACAGUGUCUUUAUAUUUAUAUCUUUAUUUUUAGAUACAAAUGUUUAUAUUUUGUAAAGUCAUCAAGCAAUCAUUAUAACAUGUCCCGGAUAGAAUGUCUUAGAUGUGAUUAAUAUUUUUAAUUGAUAUUGAUUUGAUACUGAUUGCAGGAUUGUUAGUUGUUCAGCUUUAAAUAUGAACAUUGAAAGUUCCAAAAAGCUUCAUGGCUUUAUUCAGAUCAAAGUUGAAAAAGAAUUGUUUUAAAAUGAAAUUUUUCUUUAUAAGUGUGCAAUAAAAAUGAGAAAAUUUUCCUCCUUAAUGGGCAAUCUCGUAAAAGAGAUGCUCCAAUUCCAAUUGGAUAAAUUCUUGAAUCUAAUCAUAUUUUAUUCAUAUUCCUAUUUACUUCAUGAUAAUUGAUUGUUGUGAGAGUGUGGUCUCUGUGUUGACUUUUCUUUUAUGAAUGCAAGACUGUAAUCAUAUCCACCCAAUGGCAGUUGUUUUGUUAAGAACAUAAGUCACCUACUUGCAGGUUUUGACAAUGAUCAGUAGGUUUUAAAAAAGACAUGCAGUUUGAAAGGAAUUUUACAAUUUUCCUUUCCCUGUAACUGCAAUUUAAAAUGGAAAGACUACCUAAUAUUUUACAACCAAAUCAGUGAGAUGGAAGCUUUUAUUCAGCUCCUCUGCCCAAUCUUGAUUAUUCCUACCUACAACUAUUGAUGCAGGUGUUCUUCUGUACAAGCUGAACCUAUACCAAAUCAAUGAGAUGGAAGCUUUUAUUCAGCUCCUCUGCCCAAUCUUGAUUAUUCCUACCUACAAAUAUUGAUGCAGGUGACCUUCUGUAAAAGCUGAACCUAUACCACUAACAUGCAUCUCCUUAAAGAAGUCAAAGUAAAGGUCAUCUGUUUCUAGGGUUAAUGAGGGUGUCAUGGGGCCAGCACAGUGACCAAUUUCUUCCUUCCCCCAACUAAUGUCUAGUACCCUUUUAGAGUUUGGUGGACUCUGAGGUGCUCUAAGAGUCCUGAAAUUUAAAAAAUCCCAGUCUCCAGCAAGAUUCCAAUUUGGGACCCCCACCCUGGUUCAGAAGCCAAGCACUCAACCAUUCAUCCCCAACGCCCAUCAAAUCAGUACACUCAAGAAGGCUUUAUUUCCAUUUGUUUAUUCUUUUGUCAAUUGUUUAAAUAAUUCAAAGACAUACAUGUAAGUUAUGACAAUCAUAAGGACUAUAUGUCAACAAACAGAAACAAGGAAAAGAUAACUGGGCCUUAUGUGAACUGUAUUAGUCAACCAGUUAUCUUGUAAGGAUGAAUGAUGCCAAACCUGAUAUAAAUUUGGCUGAAUCAUUUAUUUUUUUUUUGCAUUUUUUAUGCACUCAAAAAAAUACAGAAAUGAAUAAUAAAAAAAAUGUGUGAAUAAUAUCAAAGCCAAUUACAAAUUCAACAACAUUGGAGUGGAAUAAUAAGAAUAAUGUCAUUAGUUUUUUUUAACUUGGUUGAAUUAUUAGUAAAACAGUCUCAAAGAGAAUACCUUUAAUUUUUUUUAUUGCAGUAUACAGAAGGUAACAGUAAAAACACAUUUUUCUGUCAACCAGAUUUAACCCAUUCUACUCACACAUUGAUACUUGAUUUAUAUAAGGGCCUUUCAUAUGUGUUAUUUAACACCAUUGUUCUGGUAUUUAGAUGUACUUGGCUUGCUGGUGUUGUGAAAUGUGAAUGGACUUUACAAUUUUAUUGUUAAAAAACAUUGUUUUGCUGUUUUUAUCAGGAGAAUUUUGACUUGAAUUGUACACUCGAAGCAUAUUUUUGUUGUGUGCUUACAAAACUGAAUGUACAGUGCAGAGACUUUAACCAAAGGAAAAAAAACUGAUUGCCAAUUGAUUGUUCUAUACUAUCUGUGAUAUUGUGACACUAUUUUGUUAUAAUUCCACUUACUUGUAUAAAUAUAUAUAAAAUGUUAAAAUUUUUCAAACUAAAUGCCCCAUAAUCCUGUUCACUCCUGUCUGGUCAGCAAUUAUGCUUCCAGGAUUGAUUUCUACAUCAUUAAACAAACCAACAUUCCAAUCAAAA